UAACACAUUUUCAUCUCAUAUUGUUUAUUUGCACCAAAAAAAAAAAUAAAAAAAUGAGGUUGAAAGUGGAGAUUUUCAUUCAACAAAUUGUAGGAUUUCUUUUUCUAGUUGGCCUUUUACCUGUCCAUGCUUUUGUUCAUCAACAUCGAUUUGUCAUCAAAGAAGCACCAUACUCAAAGCUUUGCAGCUCGAAGAACAUUUUGACUGUUAAUGGUCAAUUCCCAGGUCCAGUUCUCUAUGCUAAUACGGGAGAUACACUCGUUGUCAAUGUCCAAAAUGAUGGAAGUCAAAAUAUAACAAUCCAUUGGCAUGGAGUAAAACAACCUAGGUAUCCAUGGUCAGAUGGUCCUGAAUUUAUUACACAAUGCCCAAUUCGACCGGGAACAAACUUCAGUCAAAAGAUUAGUCUUUCAGACGAGGAAGGAACCCUAUGGUGGCAUGCUCAUAGUGAUUGGUCAAGAGCCACUGUUCAUGGUGCCCUUGUUAUCCGCCCUGCAAAUAAAACCAAUUAUCCUUUCCCUAAACCUGCCGCGGAAGUUCCCAUCAUAUUAGGAGAGUGGUGGAAGAGUGAUGUACAAGAGAUAUUGAAUGAGUUACUUGCAAGUGGAGGAGAUGCAAAUAAAUCUGAUGCUUUCCUUAUAAAUGGUCAACCAGGAGAUCUAUAUCCUUGCUCAAAAAAUGAUACAUUCAAGCUAACGGUGGAGAAAGGCAAGACAUAUAUGCUCAGAAUGGUGAACGCUGUAAUGAACAAUAUCAUGUUUUUCUCCGUUGCAAAUCAUCAGCUCACUGUAGUAGGAACCGAUGGUGCCUAUGUUAAACCAUUCAAAACUAAUUACAUCGCAAUUUCCCCCGGCGAAACUAUCGAUGUUUUGCUCGAAGCAAAUCAAAACCCUAAUCACUAUUAUAUGGCCGCGAGGGCAUAUAAUAGCGCAAAUGGAGUUGAAUUUGACAGAACAACCACCACCGCUAUCAUCCAGUACCGUGGAAAUUACACACCUUCUACACCAGUCCUUCCAAAUCUCCCGAAUUUCGAUGAUACAAAUGCCUCGUUUAAUUUCACGAGGACGUUCAAAAGCCUAGCUGAUAAAAAACACCCUGUGAAUGUACCCUUAAACGUGACUACCAAUUUAUUGUUCACAUUUUCAGUCAAUACGUUGCCAUGCGAAAAUGAGUCGUGUGGUGGACCUAACGGGGAUCGAUUCGCGGCUAGUGUGAACAACAUAAGCUUUGUGUUACCUCGUAUUGACAUAUUAGGAGCUUAUUACAAGAACAUUAACGGGGUUUAUAGAGAUGAAUUUCCUAGUUUUCCACCUUUUAAUUUUAAUUUUACGAGUGAUUCUCUUCCCGUGGAAUUGCAACGUCCCGAUCGAAGAACGGAGGUCCAUGUUCUUGAAUAUGGGACAAAUGUAGAGAUUGUUUUGCAAGGAACUAGUUUAUUGGGUGGAGUUGAUCAUCCAAUUCACUUGCAUGGAUAUAGUUUUUAUGUUGUUGGAUCAGGUUUUGGAAAUUUUGACAAGGAUAAAGAUCCUUUGAAGUAUAAUCUAGUUGAUCCUCCUCAUCAGAACACUAUUGCUAUUGUUAGGAACGGAUGGGCUGCCAUUAGAUUUAAAGCUGAUAAUCCAGGAGUAUGGUUUAUGCAUUGUCAUUUAGAGCGUCAUGUGAGCUGGGGAAUGGAAAUGGCAUUUAUCGUGAAAGAUGGAAAAGGCUCCCACCAGAAACUUCUUCCUCCCCCUCCUGAUAUGCCCAAAUGUUGAAUUUCAAUACCUCAAAUUUAACUAUAACUAAUCUAUUAAAAACUACUCUAAUGAGGGGACAGAAAAAAAAGAAUUGCUUAUUUUGAUUCUAUUGAUUUGUUAUUGUUACUAUAACAUAUUGCUUGGAUGUGUCUUUGUUUUUCUUUCAUGUAAUAAAAUUUGUAUUUUAUAUAGCUUAUUGAAGGUGUAUUAAAUAUUUAUUUUGAUCAUGGCAUAAUAAUGUAAAUCUAUUUUUAUGUUUGUAGAUAUAUUGUACCGAAUUUGACUAUUCUUCUUUUACUUUAUUGCAUUAGAUGUUCCUA